AUGUCUACCAUGAAGCAACCACUCGAGUUUACUGAUUUUUACGCCGGCCGUUGCAGCAACGGAACUGUGAGCACACAAUCCGUCAGAUGUGUGAUAGCAUCCAUUGCAGGGGGCCUGUCCGCGUACGUGUACCCCAUUGUGGCCAUCCUCAGUUUGUGCUCCUACCUGUUCAUCAUCGCCGUUCUUCUUAUCAACCGGUAUCACCUCACCAGACAACUCAUUUAUCUAUUCUCCAUGCUAAUGGCAAAUUUAAUCACACAAAUGCUUCACGGUUGGCUUUGGCUCUUCUCGCUGAAGGGUCUGAUCUACGCCACGCAUUCACGCUCCCACUUCUCACCAAUGUACCUUACAACUGCCUGGUGUACUGCAUUCAGCAUGGUAUACAUGUUCACUAUGACGCUGAACUGCAACUUGCUCGCUUUGGCCAGCUUGGAUCGACUACUAAGUAUUCACUACCCGUUACGACUAGCUCGAGUGCAGCUGCGCACCGCGUGGAUCGCCGUGUCUCUGACCAUCGUGCUCACAGCCUGCUACGUGCUCCCUCUUAGUGCGUUCAUCAAAUGGACCACGUAUGGACCCGCUCUCGCCUGUUGGUUCCCUCGUGAUCAAAUUGUGGUCCAAACACUAAGUGUAUUGUUUUCCAGUUCGUGCAUUGUCCAACCCCUUCUGGUCAGUGCUAUGAAUCUAGCCUUCUACCUGCGCCUCCGUGCGCUCAAUCAUAGACGCGUGAAUGUGCAAAAGAAUCACAUGGAGAGGCACCAGAUGCGUUACACCAUCGGCUUAUUCAUUCUUUCUCUGAAUUACAUCGUCUUCUCGAUGCCAAUUGGCGUUACGACUCUUAUCCUCCAGAGCAUGUUAUUCAGUGGUUUGUCUGAUUUACUGGUGAUUGUCAUCUUUCUUGACUUUACUGUAAUCGCAUGGAAUUUGUUCUUUUUGCGUGACUUGUUCGACGUGAUGAUGAUGGUUUUGUACAUCCCUAUUAUCCAAAACUAUUUGCUGGCGAUGAUUCCCAGACGAAUGAGACCUGUCACACGUAAGGUCUCUCAACUGUCAUCUACGGACGCACACUAG